CUUGAUUAGCAUGUGUAUAAAUACCAUUGUGUUUGCAAUUUUUAUCUGUCAGUUGUUGUGUUGGCUUUGUUCUUGAUCACGCAUAGGACUCCUCUUUGACAUCACACAAUCUUAAAAUCUGAAAGUGAGGAUUUUGCCAAAAAGAUUCAUCAUGGCAGUCAUGAGAGCUCUUGUGCUUCUUUUCUUGGUCUUUUCUGUUGAGAGUGCACCAGCUGAAGAAGACUGCCCAUAUGGAUGGACCCCUUUUGGUGUGCAAUGCUACAAAUUCUUCUCUCAGUCAGUUAACUGGGCCACCGCUGAGAAAAACUGUCAAUCUGUUGAUGCAAAUCUUGCAUCUAUGCGCAAUACAGUGGAACACAACUUUCUCCUGAGUCUUGUGUCUGCUACCACAUCUGCUUGGGUUGGUGGUCAUGAUGGUGAAAUUGAUGGCCAAUGGCUGUGGUCUGAUGGAUCUCAGUUUGACUUUACCAGCUGGUGCUCUGGAGAACCUAACAAUUAUCAGGGUAACCCUGAGAACUGCCUCGUGAUAAACUUUGGCAAAAACCGUUGCUGGAAUGAUGGGCAGUGUUCAUCCGAAAUGAGCUACAUUUGUGCCAAACCUCUGAGAUCGUGAAAAAUCUAUCGGUUUCAAUGUUUUACAUUAAAACAAUCAAAAACAA